GCCAAGAAACCGAAGCAAAGCUAACCCAUCGAAACAAGCAAGAGAAAGGGGGAAAAGCAAGAAAUCUGCCGAUGGAUCGUCGCCUCGUCGCCCCUCUCCUCUUCCUCCUCGGCCUCCUCCUCCUGUCGUCGGCGGCCGCGGCAACGGCUGCCGCGGGCGAUGAGGAUCCCCUGAUCCGGCAGGUCGUCGGCAACGCUGACGCCGGCGACAACGACCUGGAGCUGGACUCGCACUUCGUCAGCUUCGUGCAGCGGUUCGGGAAGACGUACAAGGACGCGGAGGAGCACGCGCACCGGCUCUCCGUGUUCAAGGCGAACCUGCGCCGCGCGCGCAAGCACCAGCUGCUGGACCCGUCCGCCGAGCACGGGGUCACCAAGUUCUCCGACCUCACCCCCGCCGAGUUCCGCCAGACCUUCCUCGGCCUCAAGACGUCGCGCCGCUCGUUCCUCAAGGAGAUGGGCGACUCGGCCCACGACGCGCCCGUCCUGCCCACCGACGGCCUCCCCGAGGACUUCGACUGGAGGGACCACGGCGCCGUCGGCCCCGUCAAGAACCAGGGUUCGUGCGGGUCGUGCUGGUCGUUCAGCGCGUCCGGGGCGCUGGAGGGAGCCAACUACCUAGCGACGGGCAAGAUGGAGGUGCUCUCGGAGCAGCAGUUCGUCGACUGCGAUCAUGAGUGUGACAGUUCAGAACCUGAUUCAUGUGACGCGGGAUGCAAUGGUGGGUUGAUGACUUCAGCCUUCAGCUAUCUUCUGAAAUCUGGUGGCCUUGAGCGUGAGAAGGAUUACCCUUACACUGGGAAGGAUGGUACCUGCAAAUUUGACAAGUCCAAGAUUGUUGCUUCAGUUAAGAACUACACUGUUGUCUCUGUUGAUGAAGAACAGAUUGCAGCUAACCUUCUCAAACAUGGACCACUGGCAAUUGGGAUCAACGCCGCGUACAUGCAGACUUAUGUCGGUGGAGUAUCAUGCCCAUACAUUUGUGGCAGGAACCUUGACCACGGUGUUCUUCUAGUUGGCUACGGGGCGUCUGGUUUUGCGCCAUCCCGCCUGAAGAACAAGCCCUACUGGAUCAUCAAGAACUCGUGGGGAGAAAACUGGGGGGAGCAAGGGUACUACAAGAUCUGCAAGGGGUCGAACGUACGCAACAAGUGUGGUGUCGAUUCCAUGGUCUCCACCGUGUCUGCCAUUAACGCCGCAGAGGAGUAGACUCUGAUCAGCAUUCCUCCUGGAAAUAAUCUUGUACGCUAGAACUUUCAUAUGUAGUCGAUAAGGCUCCAUCGUUGCUGUGGUAUGAUCAGCGAAGAUGCGAAGCUGCAACAGAAUGCUUGAUGUAACUUACACAUUUGCUUCCCCACGCCAUGCGUGUAUGCCACACGCUAUUUGGAUGUGGCUAAAUUGUUAUCGCUUGUACGCUACUGUACUCCUGGAUAAUUCUGUGCAUAAGUAUUGUGCUUUCAUCAAAA